CUCUCGGUUUCGCGGCCCUGUCUGCUCUUCCCUCCUCCGCUCCCACGGAGCCCGGGCUCAGCCGCGCGCUCUCGGCCGGGCGUUUCCCGUGGCUCCCCCUUGCGCCUGCGUGAUCCUGUCCUGCGCCACGCGCGGGCUCGCGCUCGGGCUCCCGCCCGGCCUCUGGCCCGCAGCCCCGGGCCCUAUCCGCCGCGGUCCAGGCCGCCGCGCGUGUCGCCGGCACCAUGCUCUUCUACUCCUUUUUCAAAUCCCUUGUGGGCAAGGAUGUGGUCGUGGAACUCAAGAAUGACCUAAGCAUCUGUGGAACCCUCCACUCUGUGGACCAGUACCUCAAUAUCAAACUCACUGACAUCAGUGUCACAGACCCUGAGAAGUACCCUCACAUGUUGUCAGUCAAGAACUGCUUCAUCAGGGGCUCAGUGGUCCGGUAUGUGCAGCUGCCAGCAGACGAGGUGGACACACAACUGCUACAGGACGCAGCAAGGAAGGAAGCCCUCCAGCAGAAACAGUGACGCCCCUCUUCCCCUCCUCCUGUUCCCAUUUGUGACCCCUGACCAGUACUUCAGGUGUUUUG